AUGUCACGCUCGUUCCACAUUCGCGUGCCCUGCACGUCGGCCAACAUCGGCCCCGGCUUUGACGUCGUCGGUCUGUCGCUCUCGCUCUACCUCUUCCUCGACGUGACGAUCGAGGCCGACGCGCCGCACAAGGACCCCGUGCUCACGUACAGCGGCCAAGGCGCCGCCGAUGCGCCCCUCAACCCGUACCAGAAUCUCAUCACGCGCGUGGCGCUGUACGUGAUGCGCGUCAACGACAUAAAGUCCUUCCCGCGCGGCGUGCGCAUCCACGUCCGCAACGAUAUCCCCUUCGGACGCGGCCUCGGCAGCUCAGGCGCCGCCGUCAUCGCAGGCCUCCUGCUCGGCAACGAGCUCGGCCAGCUGCACAUCGACCGCGACCGCCUCCUCGACUACGCCCUCAUGAUCGAGCGCCACCCCGAUAACGUGGCAGCCGCCCUCAUCGGUGGCUUUGUCGGCUCCUACCUACGGGAACUCAGCGGCGAGGCCGCCGCUACGACACAGGUGCCCCUCAGCGAAGUGCUGCCCGCAUACCCCGACAACGCCUCCGAGUCAUGGGGCUACCACCCACCAACGCCGCCACAGGGCAUCGGACACUACAUCCGCUUCGGAUGGGCCAAGGAAAUCAAGGUCAUCGCCAUCAUCCCGCACUUUGAGGUGCUCACCGCCGAGGCCCGCCGCGUCCUGCCCGACACCUACACCAAGGAGGACCUCGUCUUCAAUCUCCAGCGCCUCGCCGUGCUCACCACCUCACUCGCGCGCUCACCACCCGACGUCCACCUCAUCUUCCAGGCCAUGCAAGACCGCGUGCACCAGCCGUACCGCCAACACCUCAUACCCGGCCUCCCACGCAUCCUCGCCUCCGUCACGCCCAUGACGCACCCAGGCCUGCUGGGCAUCUGCCUCUCAGGCGCCGGGCCCACCAUCCUCGCCCUCGCCACCGAUCACCUCGACCACAUCGCCGAGACCCUCUGCCACGAGUUCGCCAAAGAACACAUCACGUGUGAUACAAAAUUCCUCCAAGUCACCGAGGACGGCGCCCAAGUGUACUAG